AAAGCCCUGGAAGUUCCAGGAGCCUUUCAAGCCACAACUCAAUUUAAUUCUACUACUUCCUGAUCAAAAUUCAGUUACUCUUCUUACCCUCUAAUUACAGUUCUAUAGUAAAGCUUGAACAUGGCAGCAAGCGCAUUCUCAAUGAGGAGCAUGAAGUUAAGGUCAUGGCAGAGGUGUUCAAAGCAAAUUAGAGAGCAAAGAACAAGGCUUUACAUCAUAUGGAGAUGUACUGUGAUGCUUCUUUGUUGGCAUGAGUAGCCAUAGCCCUGCCCUUUUGUUGAUGGGUCAAGCAUCAGACAAGGCAAUGGAGGGUUGAUCAAGUCACUAACUUUAUCACUGGAAUGGAAAGCCUAGAUGCUGAAAUUGAAGGGUGGAUAAUUGUAUAGAUGAAUAAUAAGGCAGAGCAGAGUUCCUUUUAAGAGUCGCUUGAUGUGCUUACACAAGGUAGAGAAGUUAGGUUUAGAAGCAGAGAAUGUACUGUUUAUGUGUGAAAUACAUGUAAUAUAGAAAACAAAUCUGAUGGAUAAUUUUUCCAUUUUUUGCUCCACUCUGUAAA